AUCCACAAGGACCCCCAAAAGGACCCCCACCACAGAUUUCACAACCGGCCACCGCAAAUCCAGUAUCAAACCCAACCUCAAAUCCAGUAUCAAAUCCGACCUCAAGUCCAGUAUCAAAUUCAACUCAAGCUGCCCCGGCACCUACUCCAACUCCAGAUGUCUCUGCAAGGCCAAUAUUCAUCUUUACAAAUUCAAAAGUUUAUGGAAAAAUUGGGCGCAAUAUUACAUUUAAUUGGAAAUAUUCAGGAGAAUUUGAUUUUUUAACCAAAUCUUUAGUAGCACUGGCUGUAUAUAAUUACAGUACACAUAUAAAUUGGACAAUCAAUUCAAAUUUGUCGACAAGUGCUACCACUGUAACAUGGGACACUUCAACAAUCAUUAAUCCUACUCUAAUUGAAGGACCGUAUACAUUUAGUAUCUAUAACGGAUCUGAUUAUUUUACAACCGACAGACCUACUAUUCUCGCUCAAUAUCCUUUCAUGAUGUAUCAACCUGGGCCAC